AUCAAGUUCCCGAGAGGAGACACAAUUUCAACCGGUGUUUUGAAUUACAUUUUAACAUUGAGUGCUCACUGGCCAAGAAAAUAAUGUCCUGUGGUUGAAAAUGGGAGGCAGCGGCUCCAAAUCCAAAAGCUAUUGGCCCUUCUCUGGUUCUGGCGGCAUUGAUGAACAAGCCAAAGAGGGAAAUGAUCAGCCACUGGCACGUCCGCGAAGUUUUAGGAGUGCAACACCCUUCGUGUUUACCAGACGAAGCUCACUUUACUAUGAUGAAGAUGGAGACUUGGCCCACGAGUUUUAUGAGGAAACUGUGGUGACAAAAAAUGGUCGGAGAAAGGCCAAGUUGAAGCGGAUCCAUAAGAACCUUAUACCUCAGGGAACAAUCAAGCUGGAUCACCCUUCCAUCCAUGUAGAUUUUCCAGUAGUACUCUGUGAGGGUUGACAAAGGAGCAAACAUGCUACAGACCAUGUAGAUUUCACCAAUAUCCCCUGUCCUCUUUACUGAAUCCCCGCCCCCACUGUGAUGGACACUGGCAGUGAUCUUUCAGAGAAGAAGAAGAAGGACUCCUCUGUUCGGUGUGGCUGGCUGACCUGGGGCAUGCCGAGCUCCCUGCAUGUAGACUGUGACAUGGGAGAAAGCUAAAGCUCUGGUAUUCUGCUCAUGGAGACCGAGGAUCUGUGAACACUGAUGGACUGACUCCUCUCUCCCUGCCGUAUCUUAGAUACAUAUUGUUAGGCGGUGUGUAUGUGUGUGAUUGUUAGACAAAAGAGAGGAAAUUAUGUCGCAUUGAUCCUCUUGGCAGGAACGCUGUGCUGCACACACUAUCAUUUUUGUCUUGCUCUAUUGAAUGUUCUGGAAUGCUACAUUGUUUUUUGGAAACCCUAAGAAUGUAUGGAAACAGUUUUUCCCCUUUGUCUAAGGUAUGUAUGGCCAUUUCCAUGGUGAGAGUUCUGUGCAAGGGAUAGUUCCUGCCAAAGGUUCUAGUGUCAGCCUCUUAGGCAACUAGCUAUGGAGUUUACUUUGGUCAGGGCUAAGGAUCUUUGGUCAGAAUGCCUAAACUCUCAGCUGAAUAUAAGAUGUCCUUCUAGUUAUGCACUUUUUUUAGUUUUUUAAAUCGUGCAUGUUUUUCUCCCAUGAACUCCUUGUAACAUCAUUUGGAUUUUCUGGCAGAAUAGACAAUCAGUGGCAGGAGAUGCUGUGCUGCAUGAUAGCAGGAAGUCUUGUCAGAAGUCUUUUUCCCCCUCUACCCCUGGCAGCCACACACACAUGUGUAGAGAAGUCACCAGAAGACUACAUGAGCAAUGUCACUGCUCUGUUGAUAUCUAUGUAAUUUGGCAGAAUUCACUGUUUUAUUUAUUGUACCAGUUUCAUUUUGUGUUGCAUUGAAUUUGUAAAAAGAAAAUAACCCUUAAUACAUGUUUCACUUAGUGUCCACAUUUUUGCAGUAGGGGAGGGGGGAAAAGGGUGUCUCAUUGCAUGUUUCUUGGGUACAGGAAAGCAUUAAAAUCUGCAGGACCAUUACAUCAA